CCACCAAAGCAUAUAUAACGAGCCCCGUCCUACACAUUCCACCAGUCCCGCUCGUUGGGUCUUGUAGUUUGCUCGGCGGUUUCCGAUUUUCUCGCUCGCCGCGUCGCCUCCGCCCUACAAAAACCCCCGUUUCCCCUCUUGGAUCCACUUUUCCCACACACGUCCCCCAAUCCUUCUCUCCGUUUCCGAUCUCAGAUCCAUUAAUGGCGUAGGGGGAUCUCGUUCCCGAUCGAUUCCCCGCGGAUCGGUCUAAUGGCGGAGAGCUUUGCUAGGGCAAAUGGUGGCGGGAUGAGGAGGGUGGGGUCGAUGGAGUGGAGAUGGGUUUCGCAGGAGGUGAACGAUGCGGAAGAAGGAGAGGAGGCAGAGGAAGAAAAGGGGACGCAAAGAGGGGACAUGGAAUCGGAGGAGGAGGACGAAGUGGAUCAGAAGCUCAUCAGGACGAGCCCUCGGAUCGAUUGGUUCGAUGUCGAGGCGCUCGAAGUCACGGGAAUGCAGAAGAACGAGGACGAGGAGUUUGAUUUGGGCAGGACUAUGGUGCUCACUCUUCAGACGCUUGGUGUUGUUUUUGGAGAUGUUGGUACAAGUCCACUAUAUACUUUCGAUAUGAUGUUUAAUAAGUGCCCUAUUCGUGGGGACGAUGAUGUUAUUGGAGCACUCUCUUUAGUUCUAUAUACUUUGAUCUUGAUACCACUGGUCAAGUAUGUCUUAGUGGUGCUUUGGGGCAAUGACGAUGGUGAAGGGGGUACUUUUGCUUUGUAUUCACUAAUCUGUAGAAAUGCAAAGGUCAGUCUUCUCCCAAAUCAAAUACCAUCUGAUGCUCGCUUAUCAAGUUUCCGACUCAAAGUUCCAUCCCCAGAACUAGAGAGGUCUUUAAAAGUCAAGGAGCAUCUCGAAUCUUCAGAGGUGUUGAAGAAGUUGCUAUUAGUUUUAGUGCUUUUUGGGACCUCUAUGGUCAUAGCUAAUGGAGUUGUUACACCAACAAUGUCAGUCACGUCCGCUGCCAGUGGUUUGAAGGUUGAGAAAUCCAACUUCCCGCAAGACAAAGUGGUGAUGAUCUCGGUUGCAUUGCUUAUAAUCAUGUUCAGUGUGCAGAAGUAUGCGACUAGCAAAGUAGGGCUUGUGGUUGGCCCUGCUUUAUUGAUAUGGUUUUUCUCUCUUGGGGGUAUUGGAACUUACAAUCUCAUAAAAUAUGGCAGUACGGUUUUCAAGGCAUUUAACCCUGUUCAUAUAUAUUAUUAUUUUGAGAGAAAUUCAUCCCAGGCUUGGUUAUCUCUCGGUGGCUGCAUUCUCUGUGCAACAGGGUCUGAGGCGAUCUUUGCAGAUCUUUGCUAUUUUUCUGUAAGAUCUGUUCAGUUCACUUUUGUGUUUCUGGUUCUGCCUUGUCUUCUUCUGGGAUACUUAGGUCAAGCUGCAUUUCUUGUUGCAAACCAAACCACCUCUGACCAGAUUUUCUUUUCAUCACUUCCAAGUGGAACUUUCUGGCCUGUUUUCUUGAUAGCCAACAUUGCUGCACUGAUUGCUAGUCGGACAAUGACAACAGCGACUUUUUCAUGCAUAAAGCAGUCAGCAGCACUUGGUUGUUUUCCACGCCUUAAAAUUAUUCACAUCUCGCGGAAGUUUAUGGGCCAAAUAUACAUCCCUGUCAUAAAUUGGUUUCUAAUGGUUUUCUGCUUGGCGUUUCUUGUCUUAUUCGGAGGCACAAACGAGAUUGCCAAUGCAUAUGGUAUUGCAGAACUUGGCGUUAUGAUGAUGACAACUGUAUUAGUUACCAUCGUAAUGAUUCUGAUCUGGCAAAUCAACAUCUUCUUAGUUGUAUCCUUUGUAACUAUCUUUCUCGGCUUGGAGCUCAUAUUCUUCUCUUCGGUUUUGGCUAGUGUGGGAGAUGGAAGUUGGGUUUUAUUGCUUUUUGCAGCUUUUCUAUUUUCUGUAAUGUAUAUAUGGAAUUACGGGAGCAAGCUAAAGUAUGAAAGCGAAGUCAAACAGAAGCUUCCCAUGGAUCUUAUGAGGAAAUUGGGCUGCAAUCUCGGUACUGUUCGGGCUCCGGGUAUUGGUGUGGUUUGUAACGAGCUAAUGAAAGGAAUUCCGGCAAUUUUUGGGCACUUUUUGACUACCCUUCCUGCAAUUCAUUCUAUGAUUAUAUUUGUGUCUGUGAAGUACGUGCCAGUUCCAGUAGUUCCACAAGAGGAAAGGUUUCUUUUCAAGCGCAUUUGCCCUCGGAGCUACCACAUGUUCCGCUGCAUUGCCAGGUAUGGGUACAAAGAUGGGAGAAAGGAAAACCACCGGAUAUUUGAACAGCUCCUAAUCGACAGUCUCGAGAAGUUCAUACGCAAAGAAGCCCAAGAACGGUCAUUGCAAAGUGAAAGCGAUUAUGAUUCCGAUGAUGAGGAAGAGCGAUCACAUUCUAGAAUCGUCAUGGCUCCGAACGGAAGCCUUUACUCACUCGAUUUCCCCCUCUUGGGUGAUUUUGUCCCUACAAGAAACUCUAGUUCAGAAGCGAGCACUUCUUCUCAAAAGCCGCAGUCAUCUGAACCCGUGCCGGAUUAUGCGCAGAACCUCGAACUGGAGCUCUCAUUCAUAGAGAAAGCGAAGGUGCUGGGGGUCGUUUACCUUCUCGGAAAUGGUACUAUUAGAGCUAGGAAGGACUCUUGGUUCUUUAAAAAGUUGGUUAUAAAUUACUUCUAUGCGUUCUUGAGGAGGAACUGUAGGAGGGGGAUUACAACAAUGAGCAUCCCCCACACACAUCUUCUGCAGGUACGGAAGACUUACAUGGUCUGAGAAUCUUAUUAACUGAUUUUGAUUCACAAAUUUAUGGAUGAUUUUGAAGGGAUUUUAUAUGUACUUAACUAGUUCUGAAGAUCAUAGUCGUAUUAAGGAAUCGCAGGAUAAAUCAGAAUAGCGGCUAACUUCUACGUUCUUUCUGUUGUUGUUCUUUUUGUUGUUUUCAGUAAUUUGUUUUCUCUAGCAUAUCCUAGGGAGUGAUACUGCUCACAAACUUUUUUCGUCUUGCUGAUAUGUCAAAAUAUGCUAUUGUGAUAAACAUCAGUGCAUAAAAUCUUUUCUUUUCUUUUUUUUUUGUCUGUGAA